GUGCCUUCCAGCGAAUUUACACGAUUAAACCCGCGAUUCAAAGCAAACAUUGAGCGGUGUGAUUCACAGAUAUUAAUCGUCUCUAGUUCUCAACUCAAGGCCACUUCUACCAAAGCACCAAUUGCAAAAGACUGAACAUGGUGGAAUUAAAGAGUCUUCCUGUCCAUACAGGGACGUCUUACGAAGACCACUCCGGCAUCUCAACCGCCUCGUUCUCCAAUCCAUACGACGCCCUCAUUGAAGCCUGCAGCAACGAUGUCACCCAAAUCCAAAGCCGCUAUGCAACCCACAGGGAGACUCGUAACACUCAACAAAAGUCCAAACUCCUCGCCAAAGAUUUUCCCGGUGUCAACAUCGACCCCAUCCUCCUCCGUCUGGAGGACGCAACCGUCGAGCCAAACUUCGUGGACCCUCGUCAUUGCCUCGUCUUCUGGGCCCGCCCAACUGAGAAGAUCAAGGACAUCAUCCAGCACGUCCAGCAGGAGCUAUUGACCGUUGCACCGAAUCUCUGGCUAAUGCCACGCCCAAACCUCCACAUCACCGCCCUGGAAGUAACCCACUCCAAGCAAGCCCCGGAGAUCUCCUCCCUCGUCACCUCCCUCACCUCCGCCAUCCCCUCAAUCGUAGACUACACCUACGCCCACCGCACGCGGCUAAUCAAGCCCACCAUCAGCUUCGACGCCUCGGCGCUAGCCCUCUCGUUCGUCCCCGCUGCGGGCGAGAAAGCGGCGUCGGAUGCUAAGAAUGAUGAUACGUAUACGUAUCACCAUCUACGAAAGGAUUUGUAUGCGUUAGUGGAGAAGGCGGGCGUGCAGGUGGAUUCGAGGUAUGUGGUUCCGUCGAGCCAUUUGACGAUUGGGAGGUUCAUCUACGGGAAGGACUUUGAGGGGGAGGAUGGGAGGGUGGAGCAUGAGAAGAUUGAGGCGUUCAUUAGCAAGAUUGAGGAGGUUAAUGAAUGGUUGAGGAGGGAGUUUUGGCCGGAGGAGAAUGGUGGGGAGGUUCCUGAGGGUGGGGAUUGGAUUGUGGGACAGGAGAAGGGGUUGGUGUGUCGUUAUGGGACGCUUUGGUAUGGAGGGGGUCAUACGGUCUCUGAGGGCAAAGGGUUCUGAUGUGCUCAGGUCAAAAAAGGUGGAGUGGUGAUAGAGAUGGUGAAG